AUGGACAAUCCGCCGGUGCGACGGAACCAGACGGGGGCUUCUGCCCGCAACAACCAUGGCAAGCGCCUGUUCGAGAUGAUGCUCCCGCUGCAGCCCUUCACUGGCCUGCUGAGCGCGGUCACGGUCCGAUUCCAGGCCCACCACGACCGCCUCGACAACGAUCGCGCCUUCCCGCUGGGGGUGUGGCGCGAGGUGUGGCGCGGCAACUCGAGCCCCCUCAAGCGCCCGGUCCUCUCCCGUCCCACGGCCCUGGGCCUCAUGUACAGCCCCGGCUCCCUCUACACCAUCCUUUACCAGUUCGUGGAGCACAAGCUGGGCCAGGUGCUGGCCUCGGCCGUCUGUCGGCGCUACUUGGAGUGGGCCACGCUGGACCGGGCCGACUUCAAGCACACCAAGGAGGCCUUCGAGGAGGGCGACGUCAUGUCGCGGCCGGGCCUCUACGCCGGCUACCUGGCGGUCAAGUGCGCCGUGUUCGCCGCCGUCCAUGUGGUGUCGCACCCGUUCUCGAUCCUGCGCACGGUGGUGCUCAUGCGCGGCAACGUGCCGCUGCUCGAGGACGGCGUGUGGGCCAACCUGCACUACGCCAGCCCGUGGGCCAAGACGGGCCUCUACAUGAGCAGCCUGGGCGCCCACGUCGUGGCCGGCACGGCCGAGGUGUGCCUCACCGACGUCGCCCUGCGCACGCUGCGCCACGCCUACCGCGGCUUCCUGACGCGCCAGCAGGCCGCCAGUGGGGCCACCCGCCGCCGCGGCGAACAGCUCCCGGGCACCCACGUCGACCGGCUGCGGGCCAAGCUCAACUACGCGACGGUGGUGAGCGCGCUGCAGGUGGUGGCCUCGUUCGCGGUGCACACGCUCCUGUUCCCGCUCCUCACGGUGCGCAUGCGACUCGAGGCCCAGGGCGGCGUCGACGACGAACCCGUGACCGCGCUGCGACACCUGGGCCUCGUCGAGUGCGUGCGCUCCAUCUGGGCGAACGAGGGCGGCGCCGGCUUCUAUCGCGGCUUCGGGGCCCACGUACUCACCUUCGCCGGCAACGCGCUCUGGAUCGGCAUCAUCUACGGCCUCACCGAGGCCUACAUCAACCUCGACGUCGACGAGGACGACUAG